ACAGAGGAAGCGCUUCAGUCGGUGCUGUGGAUGUUAGCCUAGCAGACAGCACACCGAGUGGCUUCGUCCUUGUGAUAGUGAAAUCAGUUACUAUCGAAAAAACGAGUGCUAGGAGCUUUAAACGAGGCUCUCAGACGACUGCUUCGCCAAGAUGAGCUUUCUAUUUGGCAGUCGCUCAUCCAAGACCUUUAAGCCUAAGAAGAACAUCCCGGAAGGCUCCCAUCAGUAUGAGCUGUUAAAGCAUGCUGAGGCGACACUGGGCAGUGGGAACCUGCGGCAGGCAGUCAUGCUGCCAGAGGGAGAGGAUCUCAAUGAGUGGAUCGCCGUCAACACGGUGGAUUUCUUCAACCAGAUCAACAUGCUUUAUGGCACCAUCACAGAGUUCUGCACAGAGACCAGCUGCUCUGUGAUGUCUGCUGGACCAAGAUAUGAGUACCACUGGGCUGAUGGCACCAAUAUUAAAAAGCCUAUCAAGUGCUCUGCCCCGAAGUACAUAGAUUACUUGAUGACCUGGGUCCAAGAUCAACUGGAUGAUGAGACACUUUUCCCCUCAAAGAUUGGAGUUCCUUUUCCUAAGAACUUCAUGUCUGUGGCCAAAACAAUCCUGAAGCGCCUUUUCAGGGUUUACGCCCACAUCUACCAUCAGCAUUUUGACUCUGUGAUGCAGCUGCAGGAGGAAGCUCACCUCAACACCUCCUUCAAGCACUUCAUUUUCUUUGUCCAGGAAUUCAACCUUAUUGACCGGAGAGAACUUGCUCCCCUCCAGGACUUGAUUGAGAAGCUCGGUUCCAAGGACAGAUAGACAUUUCAUCACACACUUCUGUUUUUUUUUUUUUAUUAUGGUUAUUUUCUGAACAUUUCAUUUCAUCUAUAUCCCUCUUCUUCUCCUCUGCUACCUCUGUGACGACUUGUCUCAACUCAGUGUGUGCCUUCUCUUCAUUCCUCACAGCUCUAUCUGCUGUCUUAAAUUUCCUUCCCCAGUUUAUUCCUUCUAGAAAUGAAUAGCACAGUGUACUAAAUGUGUUAUUCACAGGACUGGUCAAGAAAACAAAAUUCUAGUUUUUUGUUUAGUUUGUAAGGGAAGACCAAGGACAAUUUGGAAGUGGAAAUAAGUUUUUCCCUCUUUCAGAAGUUGUUUUUCAUACAUUUUAUUCAUUUCUGAUUGACCAAAUAGUCCAUUUUUAGAUAACUCUGAAGUAACAUAUCAAGAUGUGAUAUUGGUGGACGAAACCAUGCUGCAGGUUUUUAGUCCAUCAAGAACACUUGUGUGAUUUCACGCUUUUCAAUGCAAUACAAUGCAUUGGUGGCUCCAUGUGAGAAGCCUUUUGCAACAUAUGACUGAAUUCACUGAAUUUUAUUUUUUAUGACUAUAGAUAGGUGAAUUGCUAUAAUAAAAUGCAAGAUAGAGGGCUUUCGGCAAGCCACUGUAUAGUUUGUAGGAGCCACCGUGUUGAUUAUUCCUGUCUAGCGGAAAAAACAAUAUAUGAAAGCACACUUGGAAUGUGAAUUUUUAGUUCAAUUAUAGUUAAUUUUAGGUUAUUUCUGUGGUGCCGAUCAUUGGAACUGUGGACGGGUGUUUGUUCCUCCUGGUACUUGCAUCUUCCGGUUUAAUAACUAGUAUUGCAUUUGGACAAAAUGGCAAAUGUGAAUAUCCUUGUGGUCAUUCUCAGUCUUGAACUACUCAGGCUACAACAGCAGGGCUGUCUGUAUUGCCAUAGUUUGUAGAAAGGAUUCUAUAUAUUUUUUUUUCUUUGGCAGCAUUAUAGACGCAAGGGAAUACAUUACAGUACGGUAAUAAUGUAAUAACAGCUCUUAUUUCCUUGUGGACUAUCAGUUAACCAAACAGAAAGCACCAACAGCUGUCAUCAGUUGCAUUAACUUUAUUUUAAGAUAAAGUGUGCAUACUAUUUUAGCAAUUACACUCACAUCAAGUUAUUUUUAAUUGUUUUAUUUUGACAAGCAUGUUGAAUUCAGGCCCUACACAAGUGUUUUGUUUCCCCCACCUCAUAAUUUCCCAGAUUUGUCAAUGCUACAUUUCAUAUGAUAAUGCUGAAAUGUUUUUCUACAUGUAGAAUUAAAGAAAGUCCAAGGGCUGCAAAAGUAAUCAAUUUUUAAUGUUUAUUUUGACGGGAGGGGAUUCACAAAUGUCCAAACAUUUGCUGUAAAUAAGAUCAGCGUUUUAUCUGAACAAAGCUGUGCCUUUACAAAAUUGAAAUGUCUUCAUGUAAAUGUAUUGGCAGAUUUGAAGCUCAAUUAAAAUUUUUUUAUA